AUGGAAGCCUAUAGUAAUUUUGAUUUUGAAGCAAACAAGGAAUUUCAGCAUUAUCUCUCAAACAUUUUCCCAGUCCCAGUCAACGUAGAAAAAUAUAAACGAAAUUGGUAUAAGAAAUACAUUGACCCAAAUUUUGAUGCAAAUGAUAAAUAAUAAUCUCAAAAGCAAGAGCAAAGUACAAAUAAACAGGAAGAAAAAGAAAAUUAAUAGUAAUAAUAGCAAUAAAAAUAGUAACAAUAAUAAUAAUAAUAAUAGUAAUAAUCAUAAUCAUAAUAAAAAUAAAAUUUUUAAAGACAAACACCUCAAUUACCAAUUUCAUUUGUAAUUGAAGGAGUUCUUAAAGUAUUAUAUUUUCCAGCACUAUUAUUCCUCCAAAAACCUGAAUUGCAUAAGUAUGUGAAUUUAGGUAGCGUUCUAAUUUGCCUUAUGGCUCUUAAAAGAAUAAGAGGAAUUCCAAAAAAAGGGGAAUAUUAAGAAUACUUUGCUAAAAGUCUCAGAAUCGAAUUUGCAACUAACAUCUUUUAUAUGAUUGCUUUAUUUGCCAUAGAUAAUAUUGUAUUUUAAUUACCAAUCGCCUUACACUUUUUGGUUGGAGCUGCUGAAUUGUGGACAUAAUUAAGCUAAGAUGAGGGUUUUACAUUAAGAUUUGCCUACUAUAUAGUAAAAAAUCGAGAUGAGAUUUUAAUUACAAAGCAAAAGAUAGAAAUAUACUUGUUUUUCUAUUCAGUGAUUGGAGUAUUUCUAAGAAAGACUUCCUUAUUUUUGGGCGUUUUUAUAUUCUAAAAUAUAUUGUUAAAAACUAAAUGCAAUUAAAAAAUGAUGAUAGCUCAAUCAAACAUCAAGGAUUGGUAUAGAAGUAAUUUACUUGAAAAUUCCAAAGUCCCACAACCUUUAUAGAAAUUAUUAGGACUAAUUUGGAUUGGAUAUGAAAAAUUAAUUACAAUUUUUUGA